AUGGGUCUCUCACAGUGGCCCACUCCACAGGAAUACCUUGAAGCAGAACGCAAGUCCGCCGAGCCCGCUGCACCUCCUACCGAUGAUCCCGCUAGCCCUGUCACCAUCCGUUGGUUCACNCCCUCGAACUAUCCCAGCGGUAGAAUCUGGCGUCUAGAGCUCGUCGUCUUCGAGCCCAACGAACGCAUCUUCGACCGCAAACCCUAUCAGCACAACAUGGUCUACUGGAGCCAAGAUACCAGAACUCAUCUGACACGUGAGGCUACCUGCGCUUCGGCUGCACUUCAGAACGGUCACAGGGUCUUUGUUGCCACUCGCGGUCACUCGGAUACUCUCGACGAGGACGCAGUCGACGUAAGAGCCCAUUAUGAUCACCAUCAAUCCAGACACAACUAA